AUGACAAAUUCACGAGGCGGCCGCCACGCAACUACUAAUGCCCGGGAAUCGUCAUCAUGUCUAAUUACAGUUUUGUGCGCGUCAUUUUUGUUCACGAUUAACGGCGUCCGAUGCGACCCUGUCCACACGCACCGUGCCCUGAUCGGCGAGGCAGUUUUUGACGUCAACAGGUUCGGAGCCAAAGCCGAUGGCAGAACAGACAAUGCAAUGUCGAUUAUAAGAGCCUGGCAAGCCGCGUGCCGCAGUGUGGGACCCGCGAAGGUCCUGAUACCUCGAGGCCAAUUUGUGGCCUCGGAGAUUGUUUUCGCGGGACCGUGUGUGGCUAGAAAGCCGAUAGUCAUCGAGAUCCAAGGCAACGUGCUUGCGUACGACGACCUGAGUAGCUACUCGAGUGGCGCUUGGAUAAUGGUGCAGAAAGUCGACGGUAUCCUCAUCACUGGCGGAGGAACCAUCAACGGUCGCGGCAAGGAAGCUUGGCAAUACAACAGUCAAGGUGGCCCUCUUCUUCCAGUGUCGAUGGUGUUCCAGACGGUGCAAAACGGGCAGAUAAACUUCCUAAACUUUGUGGACAGCAUGGGUUUCCACUUGAAGGUGACCGACAGCACCAAUAUCAACGUAUCGAACCUAAAAAUACAAGCGCCUGCAGCGAGCCCCAACACAGACGGGAUCCACCUCAGCAGCAACAUUAACGUCAAAAUCACAGACAUCUAUAUUGGCACAGGCGAUGACUGUGUCUCGGUCGGCCAUGGCAACCAAAACAUCCUCGUAGCCAGGGUCACUUGCGGCCCUGGCCACGGCCUCAGUGUCGGGAGCUUGGGUAAACGACCCGACGAGACAAACCUGAAAGGAGUGACCAUAAUCAACUGCACGGUCAACGGGGCAACAAACGGUGCACGAAUCAAAACCUAUCGGGCAUCUCCCCAGUUAUCUGCUUCCACCAUUUAUUUCGAUAACAUUAUUAUGAAUGGAGUCGCGAACCCGAUCAUCAUUGAUCAGAAUUAUGCUUCCAAGAAAAAACGCCAGGCAUCUAAUGUGAGGCUAAGUGAUAUCCACUUUAGAAACAUAAGGGGCACGACCACUUCACCAGUUGCGGUCUCUCUCAACUGCAGCUCGACGUACCCUUGCACGGGGGUCGAGCUAUCCAACAUUGAUCUAAGGCCCGCCGGCCGCAUGGGCCCGGUCAGGACCGCUUGCUCCAAUGCUAAGUUCUUUGUGAAGGGGAGGAUUAACCCAGGCCCUGCUAUGUGUACAUAG